CCGUCCCCGUACCAUUUCGAGUCACUGGCUUGGACUGGCCUGAUACACGGAGCCUGUCCAACUCCCGCAGCUCGUUCACCAUCGACGUUUAUUGACGUUUCGUCCGCGCAUCGACCGCUCGCUCGCUGGUUCCGCAUGCCCGCGUCGAUCCCAGCUGGCCUCGGGACCAUCGGACUCGUUCGAACCCCGUCAACGAACCCCGCAGACGGAGCUCCCCGGUGCACAGUGUUACCGUGCGCGCGCGGCAGAAUCACGACGACGGCUUGUUCGCGCGAGUGCAUCGACAUUUCGGCUUGGUGCGGGAUGAGAGUUCGUCACUGACCGCGCGCGCGUUUCACGCCUUCUGAGACCCGGGAGUCUUCGGAGACCUGGGAUGACGGCGGCGUGGACAGUGGUUUCUUGAUCGCCGAGGAUGACGAGCAGGCCCGCCGGUGCUUGUGGGAGGCUCGACAGGCUCUGCCAGUGAUGUAACGCGAGACCGUGGCCGACGAUGACUGGAGGACGAUCAGCAGAAUGACAGUGCACCGUUGAAAGCAACAACUGCGUGGAAAAGUCGACCGUGCGGUGGCCAGUGGCGUGCUCGCGACACCGGGAUGACUCGAGCAGCUCGAGGGGAUUAGCUCCUCGAAUCGUGGACGAUCCGAUCCGAUCCGCUGGUCUCGAUCCGCUCGACUCCGUGGACAUGUGUGCGGCUCGCGUCGACGUCGACGGUGCCCGUGAACAGUAAAUCGAUCGCGACAGUGAUGCAGGACAGAGAUUAUUGAGGCGGCGCCGCGUGAACGUGUUCGGAAAACCGCUCGUCGAAAGUCAACGAUCGUUGUUGGAAGAGCUCGCAGCAGUGAUGUGCACCACGGAGAUGACGGAAGCGUACACGAUGUCGCCGUCGACGACGGUGUCUUCCAGCGCGACGACCCCCGGCUGCCUGGCCUCGCCGGUCCACCGACGGACGCCUUGCCGGGGCUCGCCAGGCCGGGGCGACGCUCAGGACGACGAGGACGAGAUCUCCGUCGGCUGCCCGAGCCCGUUGCCGCUGGUGGUUGUCGCGCCCGCCGCGGAUGAGGAGGAGAGGCUGUCGCAGACCAGGGAGGAGUACGACAGACUGAGUCCUCCGAGGAGAAGCUACCCGAGGGAAUCGAUGAUCGACGACGACGACAGCUACUCGAGAGGCGAGUACAGGAUGUCGAACGGCAGAAGUUUGCGUGCCCGCGAGAGCAGCGCGGGCGAGUCCGUGACCACGCUCAGGGAGGACGAGGAGGACGAGGAGGACGACGAGGAGCUCGACAGCAGGACCAGCAGCAACGGUCCCUCGGCGACAGGCGCCACCGACGACUACUUCAAGCCCCUGAAGCGCCUCAAGAUGGUGCAGAUGCAGCACUCCGACGAGGAGGACGACAGGGACCGCGACACCAACGAAAGAGGCGUGAAAUCCUUCAGCAUCUUGGAUAUCCUCUCCCACAGACCCAAGGCGAAGAUCGUCCGGCCGUGGGACACGGUGGAGUCGAACCUCGGCCACCAUCAUCGCCACCAUCUGCAACAGCAACCACAUCGCCAGCACCACCUGCACCAUCACAAUCAUUCCACCGCGCCCAGGGAUCUGUCCUUGAUGGGCAUGUCCCUGGCCUCCAUGUCCGGAUCCAUCAGCGAGCCUCCUUUGAGCAGCUCGUCCUCCUCCGGGAGGAGCUCCGUGUCCGAUUCCGGCAGUCCCGAUCCCUUGGCGCAUCAUCACAGUCUGCACCACGGCCUGCACCCCGGGCUCCAUCAUCCUGCGCUCCAGCAGCAGCAACAACAGCAACAGUUCAAGAGGAAAACGUCGCAACAGCAUGGCGGACAGGCUGGACAUCACGGGAAGAGGACCACCGGUCAGGGCAGCCCUCUCGACGCGCUCUUCCAGAUGACCAGCAAGACGUUCGACGCUGGCGAACACAGUCAAGAGCAAGCGAACCACCUGAACCUGUUCAACAACCGGCAGCAGCCGAAGAAGAAGCGCAAGAGCAGGACGGCGUUCACGAACCAGCAGAUCUUCGAGCUGGAGAAGCGGUUCCUCUACCAGAAGUACUUGAGCCCCGCGGACAGGGACGAGAUCGCGCAGCAGCUGGGCCUGAGCAAUGCCCAGGUGAUCACGUGGUUCCAGAACCGAAGGGCGAAGCUCAAGAGGGACAUGGAGGAGCUGAAGAAGGACGUGCAGACGGUGAACCCGCUCCUGGUGGCUCAGCACCACAAGACCUUCCUGGAGAACGUGCAGGACCUGGGGAUCCUGAAGAAACGGCCUCUGCCCAGCUCGAUGGACGAGAAGUCGUAGGAGCCAUCUCGACGGGCGCCCAACCACCGGUGAAAUUCCCUCGAGGCUCUCGGAAGGACCACCGGAUCUCGCCGAGAUCGUCCGAUCCGAUCCGAUCCGUCGCGUCGAUCGUCCACUUCCGUCGAUCGAAAUCGAGAGCGCUCUGUUUCUCUCGGUCGAUCGACACGGAGCAGCGCAAGCGCUCCUUGCCCUGGGAGCGUUCGGGGGCAACGGGGCGUGGCUUCGCUGUUCGCCGGUGCUCGCGCGGGGUCGAAACCGCUCCGCGGGGCAAUCUCUGCCCGAUCCGCCCGAUCCGCGGCACGGGAACGAUGAUUCGAAGACGAUGAUCUGGCGAGGCUGGAAGUCAGGAACGGUACAAAGACAGCGAAACAGGAUUCUCCGUGGUUCCUUUUGGAAGAACAAAGACUGAGAGUCCAACGAAUGCGCAUGGAGAAAGAACGUAGGGGGUGGGAUGGGGGAGGGAUUGGCGCGGCUGUUCUUUGAGCGGUGAUGUCCCGAAGGUUCUGUAAAUGAAAGACUGCCAAAUAUUCACGGGCCCCGCCUCCGCGACAGAUCAUAUUUUCGAUAUUGGGAUCUCUCCGUUCGCGGCGAGCCAUCGCCGAGCAUUUUCGGACGACGUUGACGAAGACGGGGAAAGGAAUUUCCGAGAGGCAUUAUUGGGCGGAUAAGAGACGCGGAGACACGGGAAGCGUUCUCGGCAUUCUGAUGCGCGCGGAGCGAAGCCAUUAAGGAAUUUUUAUUCGGUAUUUAUGCAACGAAAUGCAAAUGAUCGAACCACGAGAGGCGCCUUUCGAAGCAGGUCUUUUCGUCGAGUACAAUAACCGCGGUGGUGAACGGUAUAGCACAAUUGCACAAACUAUAACUGUACGUAGUCGCCAAGUGGGGCGUGACGAGGCGCCACUUGCAUACCAGCGACGAAACGUAGUUGGACGAGAACCGUCGAGGCAAAAUUUUCGAAUUCAAGCGAGCCGGAACGAACGGAAGCUAUUAUUUUUCGGAGGCGGCGAGAAGCGAGGUCUCGUGCGGCGAUCGGUUCCUUCCGAGGAACGAAUUCAGGUGCAAUGAAAUCAUCAAAAUCAACUACGCAAGGCGGCGCAUGCGCGGGGAAUACCGCAAAGCGACGUGGGGCGACUAUCGGCUGAACAUUGCAAUUUUGAAUUGCGAUCAGACAGACUGCGUCGCGUCGCAAUCGUAGUUCCGAAUUAGUAUGUUCACCCGGUAGACGCCUCACCCCGCUGUGCGGGACAUCCUGCGCAUUCGUCGCCUUGCGUAGUUGAUUUUCAUAACUGAUCAGGUGUUCCCGUGUCUGCGCGCUCGAGGAUGGGCAAUGAGUUUUCGUUUGGUUGAGCGGAAUCCGCGAGACGCCCUGUAUUAUAUUGUAUUUAUUGCGUGGAGAGCAGAAUGGUGAAGAAAGCCAAAUGAUUCGGAGAGGGAGAGAGUGAGAAAGAGAGAGAGAAAGAGAGAGAGAGAAAGAGAGAGCAUCGCUAAUAAGUUAUUAAGUAAAUAUCCUAGCGCAUUAUAAAUUAUGAAACGAGGCGGCCCGACGCGAGGCGAAGCGACGCGAGCCUCGAUCCUGUACAUAAGCUGUAUAUACGUCGUUCUCCCAAACCCUUGACUCCCCCGAAGUAACCCCCGUCCCCCGGCCCAAUUUCCCCGAAACACCCCAUUCGAUAAUGUUUACGUAUAAACGAGAGAUAGAGACGUCGGAAAACACGUGUAGAGAAUAAAACGAAUUCAGAUGAAUUAUAAACGAUAGAUGGGACACUGCAAUAUACCUGAUCAUCAGUUUAAUUAGUGAGCUUUACGACCGCGUUAGAAGAUGUAAAUCCAUAUCGCGUACACCGCUUAAUGGUUUACGAGGUGAUAGACGCGUGAAAGGGAAGCUGAGAGUGCGUGCGAAUCGGACUUAGUACUGUGUAUAGUGAGUCUAAAUAAAUGGAGACAUUUAAAAUA